AACACGUCUCUUGCAAAGGAUCUCAUUCAUCCCUCUCCAGAGAAGGAGAAGAGGAAACACAAGAAAAGUACCUGGUGCAGAGCCCCUGUUCCUAUUUCAUGGAUGUGAAAUGCCCAGGAUGCUGUAAAAUCACCACCACCUUUAGCCAUGCACAAACAGUAGUUUUGUUUGUUGUUUGCUCCACUGUCCUCUGCCAGCUUACAGGAGGAAAAGCAAGACUUAAAAAAGGAUGCUCCUUAAGCUGGAAGCAGCACUAAAAGCACCCUGAAUCAAGA